AUGGGACCCUUUUUAAAAUAUAAUCAGUGAAGUUUUAUCUCCCCAAACUCCUCACUCUCUGCCAUACUUGAAAAACCACUUAGGACCUUCACCAAACGCGUCCUGCAAAGGUGCAAUGUUAAAUUCACCUCUUACGAAAACAGACUGUGCAUCAUGGAUCUUUACUUCACCAGACACACUAGAAUUAAAGCUCAAAUGAAACUAUUAUAUAGACUUCUUACCGGUUCUUCACAUUUCUCCAAAUUAACUCAGUUUGUAAAGUUCUCUAAUUCCAAUAGGAGGCCCAUGAUUCUGGUGAGGAAAGACACAUGCACCUCUCAUUUCUUUGCCAAAUCCAUUCCUAUUUGGAACAAUCUUGUCAAAAAUAUUCCGGUAUUUCUCUUUCCCUAUCAGUUUUCCAAUUUUCUCGAUCUCAAUAUUCCCCGGUAUUAA